AAAGAAAAACAAACAAACAUACAUCACUAUUCUCCAUGAUGAUGAGCCACAAAGCCAACAUGGCAAUGGUGUUUGUACAAAUUGUAUACGCAGGAAUGCCAUUGCUAUCAAAAGUGGCCAUCUCUCAAGGAACCAACCAUUUUGUCUUUGUUUUCUACCGACAAGCCUUUGCGUUUCUUGCCUUGUCCCCUUUUGCAUUCUUCCUUGAAAGCUCCAAAUCCUCCCCUCUGUCUUUCGUCUUGCUGUUCAAAAUUUUCAUGAUCUCCUUAUGCGGACUCACGCCAAGUCUUAACCUCUUCUACGUGGCUAUCAACAACACCACCGCCACCUUCGCGGCAGCCACCACUAACGCCAUCCCCUCUAUCACUUUUAUCUUGGCUCUCCUAUUCCGAUUAGAGACGGUGACGCUGAAAAAGUCACACGGAGUGGCCAAAGUAUUUGGUUCGAUUGUUGGAAUGUUGGGCGCAUUAGUGUUCGCCUUUGUGAAAGGGCCAAGUUUGAUCAACCAUUAUAAGAGCAAGACUAUCUCAAAUGACGACGUUCCAUCGACCAAAGAUUCUGUAAAAGGAUCCUUCACUAUGCUUGCCGCCAAUACCUGCUGGUGUUUGUGGAUUGUCUUGCAGAGCAAGGUGAUGAAGGAAUACCCCGCAAAGUUGCGAUUGGUAACACUUCAAUGCGCGUUUAGUUGCAUACAAACCGCAGUUUGGGCAGUCACUGUCAACAGAAGUCCAUCGGUUUGGAAGAUCGAAUUUGGCUUACCUCUUCUCUCGAUGGCUUAUUGUGGGAUUAUGGUAACUGGAUUCACAUAUUGGUUACAAGUAUGGGCAAUAGAGAAGAAGGGACCCGUAUAUACUGCACUCUACACUCCUUUAGCUCUCAUCAUUACUUGCAUCAUCUCAUCUUUCCUUUUCAAGGAAACUCUAUAUCUUGGAAGUAUUGGCGGAGCAUUGCUGUUGGUGAGUGGACUAUACCUUGGUCUAUGGGGUAAAACUAAAGAUGAGAAAAUACAAAGGUAUGGUGAAAAGCAAAGUCAACAAGAGAUUAAAGAAGAAGUUAUCAUCGUCUAGGAUUGCGUCUUCACGCAUCAUUAGUCAUAACACUUUACGUUUGGCCAUUUUCAGAUUCCAAGUCUUUAUUCCCUUUUAUCUGCUAGGUAUUUUGUCUUAGCACUACAAGAAAAAGCCGAUUUAGGAAGGUCUAAAUUAAUCGUCAAAAAUCGAUGGGUAUGAGAUCGUCAUAAAUCCAAUGGUAAUCCGUCCAAACUUUCCAACGUAAAAAGGGUCGUUGGAAAUGUAGUCAGAAACGGCAUUUCUCUUGUAGUGUAGGCGUGUAGCUAUCACAAAAAUAAUGUCCGCAUUGCAUGUGAUGUAAAUAUGAGUGUGGAGUUUUUUUUCUUUGAAGUUUUUUUAUUGAUCAAU